AUGCUCCUCCGUUCUGGGCAGCGCCUGGCCGCCCAGGAAGAAGCGGGGCGGACGGCCGUGCCGAGGAGGAGAAGCAGGGCAAGGUCGGACCCGCUCGCCGGCUUCCCCGAUGAGAUCCUGCAGCAGGAGAUCUUGCCCCGCCUCCCGGCCAAGUCCAUGAUCCGCUGCCGCGCCGUCUGCCGGUCCUGGCGCAGCCUCGCGUCCGACCCGGCCUUCCUCCUCGACCACCACCGACGCCAGCCGGCCCUUCCCCUGAUUAGUUCCUGCCGAAUCUCUGUCGACGGGUCCGACCGCGGCCUCGAAUCCCGCCUCAGCGCAAUCCACCUCCGGUCCGCGAAGCUCGGCCCCUCUUUUGAGUUCCCGUUCCGCGGCUCUUUCGGCGUCGUCGCCUCCUGCGACGGCCUUUUCGUCGUCGGCAGCUACAUCAUCUGCAACCCAGCCACGCACGAGUGGGCUACCCUCCGGCAGGACGCCAAGCCCAUAGAAAAUCUCUUUGCCCUCUUCCGGCACCAACCUUCAGGCGAGUUCUGUGUGAUGUACUGGAAAAACAACUCCAUGGAGUUGAUCUGUCGGCAGGAGUAUUACAUCCUCACCGUGGGAACCAACAAUUCAUGGCAAGUCGAUUGUCCGUUAACCGAGGUUUUGGCCGAGGAACCAUCCAUCUUUGGCGCGCCGGUCCUUCUCAACGGCAGCCUGCACAUACACUGGAGGAGACGGUCAGAUGUCCGCUACCACAGGAUACGGGUGUUUGACACAGUGGCAGAGACGUCGCGGCAGAUGAGGCCGCCGCCUGUGAACCCCCGCCAUGUUAUGCACUUGCUUGACCUGGGUGGCAAGCUUGCUGCGUCCACCAGCAAGGAUGGCAUGACUGGGAUGUCCAUUUUUGUGCUUCAGGAUCCUGAGCACGAUGUCUGGGCGUUCCAGUACCGGAUCAAACUGCCUGUGAUGGAAAUCAGGCGCUUUGAGGAGCAAGGUGAUUGGUGGGCAAAGGUUGUCUCCGAGGAGGGGGACGUGCUUUUCAGCUGCUAUGGCCAUCUCCUGCAAUAUGACAAGAAGGGUAAUUUGGUACGUAAGUUCAUGUAUGAUGAUGACAUGCCGGUAGUCAUUCCUCACAGGUUCAAAGAGAGUCUUAUCCAGCAUACAUUUUUCCAAAAGACAAAGAAGAAUUGAUUCGUACUCACUCCUGGAUAUCUGCUUUCGCGCCAUGUUAAAUCUAAGCGAUGCUGCAGUACCUCAAUUGGUGCACAUAUGUCUAGGAGAUGAGAAGAUUGAUCUGUAUGUUCACCUGCCCCAACUUACUUGGGACAAAAGACAUUGUUGUUGUUGUCGUUAGUGUUGUCAUUGUCGUGUUUGUUGUUGUUGUCCUCGUUGUCGUCGUCGUCGUCGUUGUUGUUGUCGUCGUCGCCGUUGUUGUUCACCUUUCCUGUUUAUCAACUCAUGUGAAAGGUCGAGGCACUGGCGAUGUUGGAGCACUUCAAUUGCUGCGCCUUGUGUAGGUGUCCUCCGCUACAGUUAUGUUCAACUGUCCUGUUCACCCAGCGCAACUUGCCCGGGACAAAAUGUUUUGUUGUUGUUGUUCACCUCUCCUGUUUAUCAACUUAUGUGAAAGGUUUAGGCACUGCCA